AUGGAGAACAAUUCAUUACAAUCCAGCUUUAUAUUGACUUUGGAUCCCUUUGUUAUACCAAUGGGAGGAAAGUACCCUAUUUUCAUUGUUGGAUUAGGGAUCUACUUGUUUUGUGUUUUCAGCAAUCUUACAAUAUUGGCAUUAAUUGUUGCUGAGAAAAACCUUCACAAGCCCAUGUAUUUCAUCCUCUUCAGCCUACCGCUCAAUGAUUUGAUUGGAAUCACAGCCAUGCUUCCAAAGGUGCUUUCAGAUAUUUUAACAGAAACAAACACCAUCUACUACUCUUUUUGUGUUCUUCAGGGGUUCUUUCUACACAUAUAUGGAGGUGGAGUUCUCUUCAUAUUAGCAGCUAUGGCAUUUGAUCGAUAUAUUGCCAUUUGCAAGCCUUUAAGGUACAACACUAUCAUGACCCCUUACAAUAUACUGAUCAUUAUUAUACUUGUUUGGGGUAUUGAUUUCAUUUUAAUAAUCUCACUGUUUUCCAUUCAGAUAAGACUUAAUAGGUGCAGGAAUUCUGUCUUGAAUGUGUUUUGUGACAACCCCUCUCUUCUUAAGCUUUCGUGUGCAGACACGAGCAUUAAUAACAUAUUGGGUUUAUUUAAUACAGCUGUCAUACAAGUAAUUAGUGUAACUGUGCAAAUGUUAUCCUAUGUUAAAAUUUUAAUUGUGUGUUUAGCAACAAGAAAGUCUGAAGCAAAGAACAAAGCUAUCAAUACUUGCGUAGCCCAGUUGAUUAUAUUUUGUGUUUUUGAAUUUGUCGGUACUUUUACAAUACUCUCACACCGGUUUAAAAAUGUUUCAGAGAAUUUACAAAAAAUUAUGGGGAUGCUCAUUUUUAUAAUCCCUCCAUUAUUCAAUCCACUUGUGUAUGGACUAAAAUCCAAAGAAAUAAAAAAAUCCUUAAUAAAGGUUUUUAAUAAAACCAUUUCAUUUAAGUAA